CCUCGCACCAGAUCGGUCGGCUGAACAUAAUUCUUUUCCUUUUUCAGACGGGUUUAACCAAAAACCCUUGCACGAACCGCAAGCCCACCCCGGCCCAGAGGGAGAGGCGGCGCCGAUCCGAGCCCCCAGCCAUGUCGCCGCAGCUCCUCCUCCGCCGCUUCCCCUCCGCCGGCGCCCACCUCUGCCGCUACCAGGGGCACGGCCACCGCCAUCGCUGCCUCAGCUCGGCGUCGGAGGCGGCGGGAAGCUCCGGCUGGCGGCGGCAGCACGAGGAGGAGAGCAAGGCGGUCAAGGUGUCGGUGUGGUGGGACUUCGAGAACUGCCACGUCCCCCAGAACGUCAACGUUUGCCGCGUCGCCCAGCGCGUCUCCGCCGCGCUCCGCGCUGCCGGCGUCCGCGGCCCGCUCUCCAUCACCGCCUUCGGGGACGUCCUCCAGCUCUCCCGCGCCGCGCAGGAGGCGCUCGUCGCCACCGGCGUCGUCAUCUCCCACGUCCCAAGCAGUGGAAAGAACAGUUCUGACCGGUCAUUUAUGGCUGAUCUUGUCUACUGGAUUGCUCAGAACCCGCCACCAGCUCAUUUUUUCCUCAUAUCUGGGGAUAAAGAUUUCGCCAACAUUUUGCAUCGGUUGCGAAUGAGCAACUAUAACAUACUACUUGCUUGUCCUGGUAAAACUACUAGUGUACUAUGCAAUGCAGCGACGAUUAUGUGGCCUUGGGAAGCUUUAGUGAAAGGGGAAAGUUUCUCACCCAAGCAUUUUAACCACCCACCAGAUGGUUUAUCUGGAUCUUGGUAUGGUCACUACAAAGGAGCCCUUGACGACCCCUUCGUGGAGGCUGAAUCAGAAGAAACCAUUGCACCAUCAGCACCAUCUGAUAAAUUAUGCCGUAAUCCCAAAAAUGCAGUUACUGCAAUCCCCAAAGAUGUGGUUGAUGGGAUACGAGAGGCACUGAAUUCGUAUCCUAGUGGGGUCACGCUUUCGACUCUUCUUCGACAACUCAAAAACAACAAUGUGUCUCUUGGUAAUGAUUUCUUUGGCCACAAAAAGUUGUCUUGCCUUCUCCUAUCAAUGCCAGAUAUUGUGAAGUUUGUUACUCCUUCAACUGCUUUAGGCGAGCCGUGUGUAGUUGGGGUGAAGAAAAAAUUACUGGAACCUGCUGAACAAUGUUUUGAGCCCCUGAGUUCUGUUGAAAGUGAUGUGAAGGACAAUAAUCGCGGUCAAGCAACACACAGUGAUAAGAAGCCUCCAUCCUCCGUGUCAACUUCUUUUCCUGAACAAAACUGUAAAACCGUAAGUUCUCAAAGUAUCAUCAGGGACAGAAGCUUCAAGCAGACUGUAAAUGAGAACCCAGCUGCAUCUGCUGUAUCAUCUUCCCCACAAGAUGUCUUACCUGAGGAUCAAAAGGUGUGCCCAGCAGUUGAUAUGAAUGCAAGGCCAGAAUCACCUGCCAACCACAAGGAAGUUGAUGCCCCUGGAACUCCCUCUUCCUUAGGGGUGGAAAAUACUGUUAACAGUGAUGGGCUAUUAAAAAGGCCAACCACAAGUCCAGAAUCACCUGACAACCAGAAGGAAGUUGAUGCCCCUGGAACUCCCUCUUCCUUAGGGUUGGAAAAUACUGUUAACAGUGAUGGGCUAUUAAAAAGGAUCUGGGUACUAUGGAAUGGCCCUGAGAGUGCUAAUCGUGAGGUUCCUCCAUGUCACGAAGGCACUUCUGCUGAAGUCGUUGAUUUGGGAACUCCUCAGCAAGAUCGCAGUACUGAUCAACGUAGCAGGCUUUUGAAUAGGAUCCAUAAGACCUCUUCCCAGAACAGAAGUUCAGAUGUAACAGAUGGCUCUGCAGCGAUGAUUGUUAACUUUUCAAUUUUGUCUGACCAUGACCAUUCUGAAAAACAUGCAGAAGAGGCAGAAAACUUAAAGAGGGAUCCACCUAUCCUCCAGAGCUCGAAGCCAUGUAGUGGACCUGCAUCUGUUCCAUUGUGUAAAGAUGGGGGUGAUGCCUCCAAGAUGAGCAAGGGCUUAUUUAGUUGGGUACCGCGGUGGUGGAAAUUUGGAAAAUUGGAUGGAGAUAAUGGUAUAGCCAUGAAAAAUGGCAUUGAUGAAGCAAAGACAGACAUAACCGAGGAAUCACAAUCUUUGAAGGCUUCAACUUGUGAAAAUGAGCAGCAAGUAGUUAAUAAAAUAUUCACAAGAUUUUACUUUUGGGAUGUUCUAGGGAAACAGCUAUCAAAGCCCAUUGGGUCUGAGCUUGUUUCGAAAGCGAAGACAAGGGAGGAGUUGGUACAUGGAUUGCAGAAUUUAGAGUGUUGGCCUCUCAGAGGCCUUGUCGAGAAAGAUGUCAGUCAUCUGGUUCAUUUGUUACUUUCAGAAAAGAAAUGGAUCGAGGAAACUCCUUCCAGCGAAUUUCCUUUCCGUCUUACACUCCCUCAAAAGAGAACAUGCACUCCACCAAAUUCUAGCACAAGAAGCACUCCACCAAAUUCUAGCACAAGAAGCACUCCACCAAAUUCUAGCACAACAUGCACUGCACCAAAUUCUAGUAAGUUUGAUCUGAGUACUCUGUUUAAUGUUAAGCCAUUGGAGCAGGGUAAAUAUGGUGGUGACAAAGGCAGGACAAACAGGACUCCGAAUAGGGAGGAAACAUUGUCUGAUUGCCACAAGCUAUUAAAGGACCUUCUCGUGCAAUACAAAUAUGGAUUUAACAUCAGCAUUUUCAAGCGUCAGUUUGCUCAGAAGCAUGGGUACGAGCUUGACCACCAGAAGCUGGGAUAUGCAGACAUUGAGUCACUGUUGCAGAUUAUGCCUGGUAUAAGAGUAAAAUUUCCAAGGGUUCUGCCUGCAGAAAGUGGGAAUGGCCAGGGUGGCAGCAAGGGCGAUGGAAAUCAAAGUAAUGGUGAUGAUUCCAUCUGGGGGGAACUUGGCCCUGUGUCUGCCACUGCCAAAACUGCUGAAGAGGGGGUUGAUAAAGGAGCAUGCUACCGGCCUCCCACCUGCUCAGAAGAUGAUUUCUCUGACGAUGAGAAUCAAGCAGACCAAGAGCCCAGAAGAGGCGUUGAGCAGAGCUCACUCCUCAAAAUCAUUGAUUCCUGGAACAGCAGCAAGGACGAUGGCUCUGGCAAGAAACCUCAAGAGAUUGACGGGGUCGUGGACUGUUCCAGGAGCAGUCUGGGUUAUCUUGACACUCUGAGGGCUGCAAGGCAGCAGCUGCAGCAGCCACAGAAGCAGUAUUCCUUUGUUUCAUCAGAAUCAGACUCGGAAGAGGAUAAAAGCAAGGAUAAGCUUGUGGACAGCGUCUUGGGCAGCCUGCAAAAAGCGCGGGGCGCAAAGGCGUCUAAUUGAUGAGCUGGUAAUCGCAGCAACGUCUGUUUUCCUUUUCUCUUUUGAGCGGCAAAUUGCAGCAGCGAUCCUGUUACCAUAGAGCUGGCGUGUUCCUCCUUCGUAUUAUGUUCAUCGUCAGCUCCUCGAAACAGCAGGACAUGUUGGGCGGCGUCCAUAUACAUUUCAUCUCCUUAGUUUAGAUUUUAGAAGGGUAUUUAUAUUUAUUUUUGUAAGGCUAACCAACGAGCUUCAUUUAGCAUGGCCUUUUUAUUCGGCUGAGGGUUGUUCACUAGUAUCGAAUAAACUGGAGCACUGCGAUUCGUUGGUAAGGCCUCCUUGGUACUACGUAUACUGAUAAGGCUGAGUUUCUA